ACACUUUUUCUCCUCCACCUACUUCAACUGUUCCCAUAAACCUGGGAACAGAAAACUGCCCAGCUAAGACCACAUAAGACUUCACACAACUUAAUACUCUGCAUUGGGAUGAUCACAGAAGCCAAGGCCUCUUAAAGGAAGACAGCUCACACUUGCCUGCCUGCUAUCAUCUUUUUAUCUCCCUCUUGACCACUCAAAACGUGAGUCUUCCUGCUAGUGCCUUCCUGACGCCAUGGAAAAAGUCCAGUACCUCACCCGCUCUGCUAUCAGGAGAGCCUCCACUAUUGAAAUGCCUCAGCAAGCACGGCAAAAUCUCCAGAAUCUAUUUAUCAACUUCUGUCUCAUCUUGAUCUGUCUCCUGCUGAUCUGCAUCAUUGUGAUGCUUCUGUGAAGUGCUGCUGCCACCUCCACAUCUGUAACAUGCCAGCUCAGCUUCAAACCCCGCGCUCCAUCAAGAGGAGAAACAAUACAGCCUCCUCCCUGCCCAGAAUGUCUUUGUGAAGGUCAAGAUUAAGAGUGAAACAAAUUGUUAGCCAAUGUAUUCAUCUACUGGAUCUUGUAAACAAACUUUACAAUGACUAGGUGUGCAUAAUGUAGCUGCCAAUUUCCUCAAAAUGGCUCAUAAAUUUCUUUCCUAAUUA